AUAUAAAAAAUGAGAAGCGAGAAACACUUAUGGACCAUAUCAACAAACGACAACUACUGGGCAUCAAAUUCCUGACUUAGGACAGGUGCAAACAAAUGCAGCGGGUUUAAACGUGUUAAAGUAUUAACAUUUUCAUUCAUACCCCAGAAAUUCGUUGCCCCCUCAUUGUAGUUCUACCCAAUAGCUAUAUAAUUUAUGAGGGCAUGCAGAGUCUAUAAUUCCUAGCUAUAUAUAACUGCCGGUGCAAUGGGUUUGAACAAGUGGGUGACCGAAGUGUAUAUUUGAUCAGAUUUUUCUUUUUUUCUGUGUAACGGACGGAAUUUUGGGCCUUUAACAAUGCUUACCCCAGAAAUUUUUUACUCUAACCUUGAAGUACUAUCCAAUAAAUAUUCAUUAGGGCAGCAUCUAUAAUGCCUAGCCAUAAAGAACUACCGAGACAAUGGGUCGAAUUUGGCUUUAUUUCCAUGUUACGGACGCAAAUUUCGUUCUCUAUGAAUGAUUAUCCCAUAAAAUCGUUCCCCUCGUUGUAGUACUACCCAAUAGUUAUUUAUUAGAGUAGAGUCUAUAAUCCUUAGCCAUACAGAACUGCCGGUGCAAUGGGUUUAAACUAGUGGGUGACCCCAGUGCAUCUUUGAUAAAAUUGGACUAUUUUUCCGCGUUACGGACGGAACUUUCGGCCUUUAAGAAUGCUAACCCAGAAAUUCUUUACCCUCACCUUUUAGUACUAUCCAAUAGCUAUUCAUUAGGGCAGCAUCUAUGCUGCCUAGCCAUAGAGAACUACCGAAACAAUGGGUCGGAAAGUGGGUGACCCGAAUGCGUAUUUUAUCGAAUUUGGCUUUAUUUCCAUGUUACGGACGUAAUUUUCGUACCCUAGGAAUGUUCAUCCCAUAAAUUCGUUGCCCCUUCGAUGAAGUACUACCUAAUAGCUAUUUAUAAGAGCAAAGUCUAUAAUCCCUAGCCAUACAGAACUGCUGGGGCAAUGGGUUUAAACAACUGGGUAAUCCCAAUGCAUAUUUGAUCAAAUUUGACUUUUUUACCGUGUUACAGACAUAAGUUGCUGCUUUAAUUAUGUAAUAAGUAUAUAUUUUCUUUACUAUCAUUCCUAGAUCCAGAUAUGGCUGAAAUGCUGAGAAAACUUUUCUUGAUGCCACUUGAGAAUGAAGUAGAAGAAGAAACAGAAAGUGCAGAAAAUCUUCAAAGAAAUCAAAAUAGAGUGGAUCAGUUGGAUUAUGUUCCAGACAGCUUUGAGAGCCAAACAAUUUCACAGAUUGUUGAAAGAAAUGAAGGAACAAGUGACAACCAAGACCAUGUUCCAGACAGAAACAUCUUCAAAAUGUUACAGGACAUGGAAAUGGAAAUUAAGGCUAUGCAUCAGACCAUGCAACAAAGCCAUCAAUUUAGGGUAGAAGGCCAGAUAAAAAGGGAUAUAGCCGUAGUUGCAAAGCGGUAUUUUGGCCGUAAUAUGUUCUCAAUUCCGGAUGCUUGCAAAACUGAAGUAAGUGAAUUGAUACAAGAGGAAAUGGGCAGGCAGGCAAAAAUUUCAGAAAUAAAGAAAGCUUUAUCUUUUGUAAAAAGAAAGUAUUCAACUGAAUACAGGCCAGCCAUUUAUAGAACGCUCAGAGCAACUAUGGAACAAACUAAAGAGAAGCAACUACGGAGUUUGUUCGGAAACUACACCGACGCAUCAACAGCAGACAAAGAAGUUGUUGAUUACAGAAAACAAAUGGUGUUGAUAAUGAGAUUUCUUCAUAGAGAAAAUCCGCCAAAGGGAACCUUUUGGAGAAAGGUGGAAGAUUUACAUACUGAGAUUGAGGGAAAGGAAAAAGAAACACGCCUUUCCCUCUACCAAGGACUCUUGAGAAGGGAGGAAAGAGAACAAUAAAAAACUUGAAACACAUUAUUGUUGGACUAUUUGGAUUAAUGUUUUCUUAAGAUAUUUAAUCAUGUUCGUACUCAAAUGUGGACAGAUUUUAGGACCUUGCAUAGUCUUGAUGCAUAUAUACUGUACAAUAACAUCUGGUUAACACACCAAAUGGGUGAAAUCUCUUCGUUCUUACUGUGCUAUAAUCUGGAUAAUGCACAGCAAACGUGUGCAACUUUAACUACCUCAAACAGGGCGAGGGAUAAUAAGCUGCAGAUCAAUUGUUUAGAUGCGACAUGUCUUAAAAAUUAAUACAGUAGAAAAAAAUUGAAGGGGGAACGGGGGAAGUCAAAGAUUGAAAAGUGAAACAUUUUUUUUCUGUUUACUUAAUAUUUCAAAUAUUGGUAAAUUAAUCCUCGGUUCACUUCCUCUAAGCAUAUUAUUGAGGGAAAGAAAGUAAAUUAAUAUACUCAAUAACCCUUUCAGUUAUGAUUUUUCAUACAUCGAUUUAAAAGUACACAAAACGGAACUAAAACUGUAGGAGAUGUAGGUUGUACGUCAAUAAGUCAGCAAGCAAAUGACAAAAAAAAACCACACUAAUGACUACCAGAGGACAACGUAUAGUAUUGUUUUCAACAACAGAUAGGCGUCCUACGUUGUUCGGGUUAUUUAGGGUCACCCGAGCCGUGCGGAUUAAAUGAUGUAUACAGACUUGCUUGGUUAAUAACUAUAAUAUGUAAUUAACUUGAAUAUCCUUGUUAAAAAUUGAUGUGCAUGUGCAAUAAACUAGCUAACAUUUCUUUUUAUUCAAAUUAGUAUAAACGAAUGAUGCCUUAAUACCCUAAAAUUAUUCAGCUCUUCAUUCAAAAUUGUCCUUCAACAUUAAAACCACACAAAUAAAAAGAUAAGAAAACCAUAAAGUCGGUUCACAAUUUGUUCUCGUUGAAUACAAAAUACUAAUGUUGAGUAUUUCAAGACAUUUCUUAAAAAAAAAAGAUUUUUUGUAAAAAAUUAAUCAAUUGUCAGAUACCUGAAAUACAAUUUAAUCACGAACAUUUUAACAUUUUUGUCAAGUUCUCCCUGCAUGCUUAAUUUCAUAACCAAAAAAUCAUGAAAACUUCAUCCGUAUUGAUAUGGAGUCAACAUGGGUAUCGUCUCCACAAAAUACUACAUGGAAAUACCCUGCAAAUAUUAGACAUUACAAUGUCAAAGGACAAUGUCUGCGAGUGUCACUUUAAAUGAGGUAUCCCAAAAAAUUGGUUAAACUGGGCCAACAGAUAUUGAUAGGUGUGUACUUUCUUAAAAGUAACUUUGCAAAAUAUAACCAUACAAAAUAGUCAAUGUACCAGAAAAAAAACUUUGUAUCUAGUAAGGAAAUAUCUGAACUUUACAUUUAAGACUGGAUUUGCAGUUUAAGUAGUUCAAACAAGUAAACUGUCUUAUCAUUAUAACCACUGUUUGACGUUUAAACAGUAACAGUUCUGAUAUGGACUACUUUAUAAUCUAUAGUUUAAUAUGGUAAUAAAAAACA